AUGGCGGGACUCAGUACAGGAGGAGUCCUCCCGACGGUUUCGACUUCGAGCACGGCGCCUAUCGCAUCUGCGACGCCUUCAUUCGCGUUCACUAAUGUUCCGACAAUGUACACCUGCGGACAAUCUGUAGUCACUUGGGAUUGGACGUCCACCGACGACGCAAACCUUCAUGCCACGGUCGACAUCCUCAUCACUGACAGCGGACUCGUUCAAUCUGCCGCGCCAAGCAACACCCUCAGUCAACCCACACAAACGACCACAGCCUCGGUAUCGAGUACUAGUCUCCCGACGAUCAACACAGUGCUUGCGCAGGACCUGGAUGCGGCAACCGAGACUUGGACAUGGGAAAAGACGAACGUAACGCAAGGGUGGUACAUCCUCCAAGCAUACGUCUCUUCCAUAGACACCCUCGUCGCAUCCUCCAACUUCUUCAUUUUCAACGGAACCGACACUUCAUGCUUCGACGGCACCGGCUCCUCUUCUUCUGCUUCCUCCUCUUCGUCCGCUGCUGCAUCCUCCACACCCGCCGCCACUUCCGGCUCUCUCACCAGCACCUCCACAUCCACAUCCACCGCAGUCGCCGCCAUCUCCCCCUCCGCCUCCUCCCACGCGGGCGCAAUAGCAGGCGGCGUAAUCGGCGGCCUAGCAUUCCUCGUCGCCGUCCUCGGUUCCCUCAUCUUCUGCUUCCUCCGCCGUCGUCGCCAACCCACCCGUGCCCGCGCCCGCGCUCAGUCCGACCUCUCCUCACGUCGUAUCCACGGCUCGCCCGGUGGUGGUGGUGGUGGUGCGAUCGCGUUCGGAGGCGCGUGGGACGCAUUGACGAGUUUGCCGAAUCGGAAUCGCCAUGGUAGGAAGAGGAGUCGGAAGGUUAGUGAGGGGAAGCAUGAGUCGUCGAGCGCUGAGGGAUUGGCGGUGAAAGCUGGACCACCUGCAUAUGGGUUCGGUAUGCCGGCCGAUGCCUAUGCGGUCGGUGCGGACGGGAUGGGUAUGGGUAUGGAGGGAUCAGGGAAUGCGCAUGCGCAGGGACGUGGGACUAACGCGGGACAGGGACAUAACUCGUCCUUCAGCCAGAGCCAGAGCGGGGAUUCACACACCGUUGUUGAUAUCGGCAGGAUGGGCAGUUUCGGCGGCGGCGGAAAGGGUGGUAAUGAUAAUGGUAAUGGGGGAUGCAUCAGCGCACCCGGUGAUUCAGACGAAGACCUCUUCGCGGAAAAACUCGAGCUCGGGGACUCUGUCCAUCCCGACGUUUUGCCUCUCCAUCCCCCGCUUCCUUACGCCGCCGCCAACCCUCACGUGUUCAGUUCUUCAACGACGGCGCCUCAGAUUCCGCCGUUGGCGUUGGGGAGCAUGAGCACGCGGAACUCAUCGACCAGUUCCGUUUUCCGAUCUUCGCAGCAACGGGCGCUGUCGAAUCCCUCGCCUCCGAUGUGGACGCCCAAUGGGACUCCGAGGGAGAGCGUGCAGAGUAUCGAUAGCGUUAUGGCCGCGCGACUCGUCCGACCCGCAUCAUUGUCCGUCUCGCAUGCUUCCGCUCCGUCUUCGCCACACGGCCAUUCGUUCUUCAGUGGGGGCUCGGAUUCGCACCAGCAUCAGAGUCAGGCGCAGAGGAGGAGACAGAGCGCGGAGGUGAUUCCGUUGGAGAGGUCGGGGAGUUCGGCGACGAGGAAGGGAGCGAGGAAGCCGGUGCCGAAGUAUGAUUCGAGGGAGUUUCAGGAGAUGGAUGCGUAUGAUGGGAUCGUUGGUAGCGGGGAGUCGACCGAGUCGGUUCCCCACCAAGCGGGUAUGCCGACGUUGCAGCAUCAGUCGAGCUUUGGGAACUUGAAGCCGAUGAAUAAUGUCCUGAUUCCGGAUAUGCCGCCCUCGAGUAUGCGUUGA